AUACAAUCGAGCAGCACAUCCACAAAUACAAGUGUAUCAGGAGACUGGCGUUUGAUGUUAAUGACCGCUUUGGAGUUAGUCUGGGAAGGUGUGAAGAGAUCUAGGGAAAAACUUAAAGACACAGAAAACCGUUAAAAUGCUCUGGUAGUUAUUUUAAGCGCGUUAAGCUAAACCGGAAAAAUUCAAAAUGGUCAAAAAUUUCCAAAGGCAGGGUAUACAAUUAAGGCGGAAUAUGAGCCACAACCUACAAUCCAUUGACAGUGGCUCAGUGCGCUUUAUUGUUUUUUUAGGUUAUGUUCGUUCGUCAAGAACAAAAAUGUUUGGACCACUUUCGUUUAAAGAUUCGAGCUCGCAAGCGGAAUCGAACGAGGUGGCCCCCUGUCUUUUGUGCCCCAUCACCUUCAAUUUGAACACGAACUUCCCAUCCUUCCUAAAACACAUAUUCGAGGAACACAGAGUCGUCAUCGAAGACGCCCAGCACAUCGCCAACGUUGACUCCUAUGUCGACUACUGGAGAGCGAGGUUCAAUCAGCGACCGAUCGAGGAGAUUGUUCCGGCAGUGGAAAUUUCGCCUUCCAAUGCGAAAUACUUUGUUCUCUCCACUCUACUAAAAGACGACAAGGAACUGCGACACAAGCUGAAAUUGGACGCCAUGCUCGAAAGGCAAGAGUUCGAACGAACGGACACUUCGUUCAAAAUGUCUUGUCUGUUUUGUAAAUUGGCCUUCGAAGGGAAACGUUGCGACUACCUCGCGCAUUUGGCGACCGAUCACAAUGUCCGCCUCGGUAACCCGCACAAUUUGGUCUACGUCGACGAGCUAAUCGAACACAUCGGACGCGUGCUGGACGGGCUGCAAUGCUUGUACUGCGAGAAGACGUUUCCCGAUCGCAACACGCUGAAGGAUCACAUGCGUAAAAAGCAGCACAAGAGGAUAAAUCCGACGAACCGGCUGUACGACAAGUACUACGCGAGCAACUACCUGGAGGACUGUCGCAGUCCGAGCUUGAACGACCUGUCGAAGCUGGGCGAGAACUCGGACGAGGAGUACGCCGAUUGGAAGGACGUCGACGAUACGAUCACGUGCCUGUACUGCGGUCACUCGGAUAAGGACAUCAACAAGCUUUGCCUGCACAUGAGCAGCAAGCACCGGUUUAACUUUUACGAUCUCACGAAACACUUGGACUUUUACCAACGUGUCAAACUCGUCAAUUACAUAAGGAGGCAGAUUCAUCGUUUGCAGUGUAUCUCGUGUGAGCUGACGUUUGAGAGCGCGGACGCGUUGGAGGGUCACAUGCAGAAGACGGGCCACUGUUGUAUGCCGAGCUUAAAGGUGUUCGACCAACCUGAGUUCUACUUUCCCACGUUCGAAAACGACUCCUUCCUGCAUCAUCUCGAAUCUAUAGACGAUUGAAUAUUGUUUAAUUGUUACUUGUUUCUUGCAAAUAUUGUAAAUAAAUAAUUGUAUAUGUA